GUUUACCAUUAUUUUUCCGAUGUUUGAAGUGACCGGCGGUCCUAGCUUCAUGUGUCUGGUGGUUGGACCAAUCGCCACGAGGCCAGUUCGCCACCGUCUGUUCAACUUAUCCAGAAGUCGCGGAUUCUCUACUUGCCAUGUCUCACAAUCUUUGAAGAAUGUUAGCGAAGACUCCAAAGCCUAUUCAAAGACUCUCCUCUUACCCAAAACUUCAUUUCCGCUCUGGGUAGACUCAGCAAAAUCCGAGUCGUUGUUCAAAAGGAAGACUUGCGAAGAGCUGUAUCGACGGCAGGCUCAGAACGUGGACGGACCGCUCUUUGUUCUGCUCGAUGGCCCUCCUUAUGCAAAUGGCCACCUUCACAUGGGACAUGCUUUAAAUAAAAUUAUAAAAGACAUCAUCAACAGGUACCAUGUCUUGACAGGUCAUCGAGUACACUAUCACCCUGGCUGGGACUGCCAUGGUCUUCCCAUCGAAAAUAAGGCUCUACAAGAGUUAAAGAAAGAUGCCCUCUCAUUGCCCCCAAAUGUCAUACGUGCAGCAGCCAAAGAGACAGCAGAGCGUGAAAUGAAGACGCAGCAGGAAGAAUUCGAGCAGUUUUGCAUAAUGGCUGAUUGGAGUUCAGAAACGACUUUCCGCACACUUGACCACGACUAUGAAAUUCGUCAGCUUCAGGUAUUUCAACGAAUGGUUGAGCAAGGUCUUAUUUACCGGCACUACCGACCGGUACAUUACUCUCCCUCAUCGCAUUCCGCUCUUGCGGAAGCAGAGCUUGUCUAUAAUGAUGAACAUGUUUCGCAUUCAGUCUAUGUGACCUUUCCGUUGGACUCACAGACUGAAAUCAAAAGCACUGCUCUCCGAGAAGCCUUAGCCAAGGCACCUUCGGCAAACCUGUUAGUUUGGACAACUACACCUUGGACCCUCACAGCAAACAUGGGCAUUGCUGUUCAUCCCGAAUUGACUUACAGUCUCGUGCGCUCAUCUGUCAAGGAGGAUGCCCUCGUCGUUGCUAAAGAUCGCCUUGCCGCGUUGGAACAUGUCAUCGGAUCCUACGAGGUUAUUGCUGAAAUCAAGGGCACAGAUCUGGUGGGUGGGCGAUUCCGCUCAGUCUUCUCCCCGAUCCAUCCUUCAGCAUCAAUGCGCGCCCAGAUCAUUGCAGCAUCUCAUGUCACAUCGGAGUCUGGAUCUGGUCUGGUGCAUUGUGCCCCUGCACAUGGCGCAGAGGAUUACCUGGCAUUCCGAGCGCUUGGUCUUCUGCAAGGCUCCACGGAUAUCGUUUGUCAUGUUGACGACGCCGGUAAAUUUUCUCCUGAUGUUGCCCAUGUCGUAGGCGAAGAAGCUGCGCAAACACUGGUGGGACAAGAGGUUCUCAAGGGUGGAGGUAAAGCUAUUGUCAAGCUACUGGAGUCCACCGGGCACCUUCUGAAAGUGCAGAGGAUCAAGCAUCGUUAUCCAUAUGAUUGGAAAACUGGCGAGCCUAUCAUUGUAACGGCCACCUCACAAUGGUUUGCUAACCUGGAUGGCAUCAAGGAUGAUGCACUUAACGCACUCAAGGAUGUCCAGUUUUAUCCGCCAUCGUCUCGCAAUCGACUCGAGUCGUUCGUUCGUUCGCGUUCCGAAUGGUGCAUCUCUCGUCAGCGAGUAUGGGGUGUCCCAAUCCCGGCUUUAUACCACACCCCAACGGAUACCGCCGUCCUCACAUCCGAAUCACUCACUCACAUUCUACGUGUCUUAUCUGAGCGAGGUGUGGCUCAUUGGUGGGAAGCUCCAGUCGAAGACUUCCUCACCCCAGAGUUACUGGCCCAGUUCGAAGGAGGGCCUGAGGCUUGGCGCAAAGGCACGGACACAAUGGACGUCUGGUUUGAUAGCGGGUCGAAUUGGAGUACGCUGAGCGCUCCCACGGGCGGGAGAAAACAUCGCGCAGAUGUAUGUCUCGAGGGCACAGAUCAGCAUCGCGGGUGGUUCCAGAGCCAGUUGUUAACAUCAGUGGGCGUUGGCUCCGGACAAAGUGAUGCAAGGCCGGUGAGCCCGUACGGAACGCUGAUUACGCAUGGUAUGGUGCUCGAUGAGUCGGGUAAGAAAAUGAGCAAAUCCCUCGGGAACAUCGUCAGCCCCAUGACCAUCAUCCACGGUGGCAAGGAUAAGAAGAAGGAACCUGUGUAUGGUACCGAUGUCCUUCGUUUAUGGGUUGCAACUGUUGAGUACUGGCGAGAUAUGUCCAUUGGACCUACGGUUCUUGCCCAGUGUGCGGAAUCCAUGAGGAGGAUACGUAACUCUGCUCGGUUUAUUCUUGGGAAUAUUGGUACAACCGCUCAGCGGAAACACUUCGUUCCGGUAGAACACAACGAACUAGGCUUGGCAGAGCGCUUUGUGAUGAACGAGCUGUACAAGCUUGACCAGACUGCUGCAGAGGGAUAUGCAAACUUCAAUUUCCCGAAAGUCAUGAAUUCCCUGACCAACUUUGCGAACAUCACUUUGUCAUCGCUCUACUUUGACAUCACGAAGGACUGCCUCUACGCCAAUGAUAUACAAAGUGUCGAGAGGCGAGCGGUUGUGACUACCCUAGCCAGAGUCCUCGACUCUAUGACGCCCGUAAUGGCCCCAGUGCUCCCUUAUUUGGCGGAGGAAAUCCACAAUACUCUUCAUGACGGUGAUGAAACUGUGUCCCAGCUAUCUGUAUUUACGAAGAAGUGGGCUCCCGUCAGCGCCGAGUGGAAUGACCCUCAAGCUGAACAAGACAUGGCUAGUUUGCUGAGGAUGCGCAGCGUCGUGUUAUCUUUGUUGGAAAAGGCUCGAGGAGACAAACAUCUGAAGAGCUCUCUCGAAGCUGAAGUUGAUAUCAUCUUGCCCAAUGAUAUAUCUGUGCAACCGUACUUUCUACAGUUGAUUGAACGCGAAGAGACGUUUCUGAAGACCCUUUUCAUCGUCUCUGAUGCCAACAUCACAGACGAAGGCUCUCUCGGCACCAGUUCAUUUGCAUGGUCUUAUAUCUCUUCAAUGGACAUACCCGACUCGGACUUGGAGCUGGCGAUUCGCGUGAGACCCGUAUCCUCCAGUAAGUGCCCGCGGUGCUGGACGUAUACACGUGAAGAGAAUCAUGAUCUAUGUCUCCGCUGUGAGGAUGUUGUCAGACGUGCGGAUUAGAUUGUUAGCGGAGAUACAACUAGAUAUGUAGAUUAUAAUACUCCACUAAUCCCAACUCUCGCACUCGCACUCACUCGAUUGACACUUGGGUACGUUGAACGUUCUUCGCGAACAGCAUGGCGUUUGGGACGUACACUAAUUCUACCGAACAGUACUUACUUAAGUAAUACUUAAAUUCGUCGCAUGAG